AAAUAUGUUGCAGGGCGCCAGAAUAGAAGGUCGAGCGCCUAGCUGUGGAAUCUCCCGACAGACAGCAGAGGCGCGUCGUUGAGGAUUUAUAUAUAUAUAUUUGUGAGGUGAAAGGAUCGCUUUUGGUCUUUAUGGAGUGAUCCCUCAAUGCCGCUCAGGUGCAUUACGCGCGGGGCUGGGGCCAAGAAGAGAACCGCCAGAAGGAUGGAGGUGAAUUGCUUGACACUAAAAGACCUGAUCAGUCCAAAACAUACUAGGAUAGAUUUUAUAAACGAAGACAGAGAAAGUGCGCAGAAGGAAAAUAUAUUUGAUCGACUCCGAAUGACUCCAAAGACUCCCAUGAAAAUUGAACCAAUUGAUUUGUCAAAACAGAAAAGCAUUUCCCCUGAGGCAAGUCCAGUUACACCUGUAAAGCUCACUGACAGGCCCCUGGCAGAUCCAUGGACUCCCACAGCUAACCUGAAGAUGCUGAUUAGUGCGGCUAGUCCUGACAUGCGGGAUCGGGAAAAGAAAAAAGAACUCUUCAGGCCAAUUCAGAACAAUGAAUUUAGUGAUGCUUUUCCUGAUUCCUUGCAGUGUGAUGCUGUAGAUGAUGGAAUGACUGACGACUAUGAAAAGCAGAGACCCAGCAGAAAACAGAAAAGCUUAGGGUUGUUGUGCCAAAAGUUUUUAGCUCGCUACCCUAGUUAUCCUUUAUCAGCAGAAAAGACAACAAUAUCUUUGGAUGAAGUAGCUUCUAGUCUUGGAGUUGAACGCAGACGAAUUUAUGACAUAGUGAAUGUCUUGGAAUCUCUUGAACUCGUUAGUCGGGUAGCUAAGAAUCAGUAUAGUUGGCACGGUCGCCAUACCUUGAGUCAGACUCUGAAAAAUCUCCAGGAACUAGGAGUGCUGCAAAAAUAUGAAGAACUUAUGGCUUAUUUCCAACAGAAAGAGCUAGACCUCGAGUAUAGAUUUGGAGAGCAUAAAAAGGAGACCCUUUUCAAUUUCCAAGACCGACAGUUGCUUGACUUUUCAGAGACAGAUUGUCCGUCUGCGUCUGCAAACAGCAGAAAGGACAAGUCAUUGAGGAUUAUGAGCCAAAAAUUUGUCAUGCUGUUCCUCGUCUCCAAAACCAAGAUAGUCACUCUUGACAUAGCAGCAAAAAUAUUGAUAGAAGAAAGCCAGGAUACAGCCGAUCACAGCAAGUUUAAAACAAAGGUACGAAGGUUGUAUGAUAUUGCCAAUGUCUUGACAAGCCUUGGGCUCAUAAAGAAAGUGCAUGUAACAGAAGAGAGAGGACGCAAGCCAGCUUUUAAGUGGAUUGGGCCUGUGGAAUUCAGUGGAGACAAUGGUGACAUAAAGAUAGACCUUUCGGCCUGUGCUGCUUUAUCAGAAGUGAAAGGGACACCACGCCUCCCACACCAGGCUUGCGCUGUUAGAAAAGAGCGGAUGUCCCGUCAUGCCUCCUUCAACACUGUGCAGCCUUCCAAAGUGGUCAAGAGGGAGGUCAGCUCUGAGCCCAACAGCCCACGCAGGGGGAGACAAGAUGAUUACUGUUCUAAAAUGAUAAAUGUUACAUCUGUUUGCUGUCAGAAGAUAGAAAAUGACAAAAGUAAAAGCUAUGAAGCUACAAGGAACCUGGGCAUCAUUUCUCCUUUCUCUGUCCUUCCUGUUCCCGGAGACUCAGACUAUUGUCUUAAGGCAUUUCCCACCCUGCCUUUAAAUGCCAUCUCCGAUGUGUCACAGCUGUCUUUGUCCAAUGGGACGCAUGAUCAAGCUCUGCCACACUCUGCUCUGUCAGCUUCCAAAAAGGACACCAAAAAAUCCACUGUGCUUCCCAAUCAACCUUUUGUUUACUUGCCAUCACUUUAUAUGCUGUGUGGCAGUCUUCAUGACAGUUUCACAAGGGAGAGUCUUCAAGAAAAGGGAAAUGGAGAUUGUAACGACCAAGAUUCAGCUUGUCUAUCAAAAGCUUUUGUGCCUCCUCCUGUUAACAGUCGGAAGAGAAGUUCCCCGAAGUGUGUGCCUUCCACUGCAAGUGAACCUAUCACUAAAAGACAAGACCUGGAGGAAAAUGAAGGUCCCAUUUCAUUGGUGAUAGAAAAGAAGACUAUUAAGCCCGUGGACACAGAAUCUUCCCCAGAUCGUAACUGCAGUCCAAUUGACCAACUAAGAGGCUUUCAGCUUGAAUCGAGGACUUUGGCUGCUAUGGAAGCUGCCACAAGAGAUACAGCUAAAGCCUUGGGAACAUGGGAGCAAGAUAAGCCAUACAGAAGUAAAGAGCUGAAAGAAAACACAAAAGAAAAUGAACAAACCUCUCAAGAAAAUGACAAACAGCCCUCUCUGCCACAGUAUUUCUAUGUACAGCCUGCAGCUGGAAUAAAUGGUUUUAAUUUCCUGCUCCCUGCCAGCCAAGCUCCUGGUCCUGUCAGCCUAUCUUCAAGCCAUUUGCCUUCACUUAAUGUUCCCUGUAUGAUGGUUCCAUCUACGGCUCUGGCACCAUUCCCUCUUAUCUAUUCUCCAGCAGCAACAGCAAGCCAAAUUUCUUCAGCUCCUUCUGGCUCCUUCCCAAGUGUUGCAUGCAUGAAUUUCAGCAUGCCUGGCCUGACAUCUACAACACCUGUUUUCAUUGGGACCCCAGCAGUUGUUACUCAAAAUUCAUCACCGCUACCGGCACGGGAAUUGCACCAGCAGGUUCAUUCAGCUGCACACCUGAGCCCUGUGCCAGGAUCUGUUAAAGCAGAUUCAGCCAUUUGCAUGGGUCAACCAGUCACCCUUCUGAAAUUGCAGCAGGUGAGAAACCCAAAGCCUUCCUCAACACCACUGACUCCUAAGAAUAUGCGCCCUGGACCCAAAGAGGCCUUUUUCAAGACACCCGGCAGCCUUGAAGAUCCUACUGCGUGGCGAAAAAACGAAGGCAGCCAGAGCAGAGCAGUCAGUUCUGUUCAAAGAAGAUUAGAAAUCUCCAGCAGCAGUUCUGACUAAUCCGGAUCACAGUUGAGGUGCAGUCAGUUUAGAACAGAGCUUUAGAGUUGUUACAGAAAUAAUCAGUUAUUACAUUAAAAGGGGAAAGAGAAAACAUGUUAAACUCUCACUCCAAGGGCAUACUUGCCCACUGUGCAUUGCCUGCUAAAUUUCCCUCUCCCAACGACUUUCCCUAGUUGUGUAAAUAUUAAUUCCAAUUAGAACUCAAAUUGUGCAUAUGAGAGCAUCAGAUCCUAUUGGAUAAAUUUUAAGAAAUUAACAGGAUGUGUGUAUGGGUUUAGCAGUGUCUGUUUCAAAUACAAAAAGGGGAAGCUGGCUAGCACUUAUAUAGAGAUAGGACACUCUUCACAAAAACUAUUUAUCCUGUAUCUGUAUGUGAGGUCAGCCAAGAGGACCUCAAAAUGAAAUAACAUAGCAGCUACUGCUACUGUAGUAAAAAAAUCAUUUGCAACUUUGGAACAACAGAAUUUUUGCAAAUUACUUGAAUGUAAAUGGAUAUACAGUUUUCCCUGCACUUGUUAAGCAAAAGUCUAAUAACUUACAACGUACGGAUGAAUGUACACACAUGAAAUACUUUAAGACCAAAAUAACUGUGAAGUUUUUACAUUUUUACAAUUGGGUUUGUAUUAAUGAAUGUUGCAGUUCCUCUACUAUGACAUGUCCUCUCUUUUUUUUCUGCACAAAAUAGACAAAUUAACUAUCGCUGGUAGAAAAGCUUGUUCCCAAAACUGUAGAGCAGCCCUCCAUAACCUGAUAUCCUCAAGGUGUGUAAAAUGGAAACUUUCUCAAGACCCCAAAUCACAAUGGAGGGUACCAGGUUCAGACUGCUGUACAGACUAGUAGGUUAUUUCAAGAAAUAUGUUUGUAUGGUAACAAUUCAUUAUCUGGCUUAGAUAUUGCCUACAGUACCAUACAUUUUACAACUUGGUGAGAGUCCACUUUAGAGCAUUACACAUUACACUCAUCUGUAAUUAUGCCACAGUCCCUGCAAAGACCAUUCUUCUAAGAACUCACAUCUGAGAAAGCCUGUAGUCACAUCUGUGUGACUUAUACAAUUAAAAUGCCCACUUUUCAUUAAAAAACAAUAUUUAUAUUGUUUUAUUGUGUGCACAAUAUUUAUAACAUGUUACGAUCAGACAAAGGAGGACAAGAAUUGGGAAAGUUCUCCCCUAUCAUAGAAACUGCAAAAUGGUGGAAUAAUCAGUCAAAGCAGUAAGAUUAUUCUUUAUACUUGAUAGAGAAGGAAUGUGGGAUAAAGGUUAAUUCAAAGUUUCCAAACUUUGGCUGUUGAUACUUGAGCACAGUUAUUUUCCAAAUGAACUAAGUAGUAUAGAGUUUUUGAGUUUACAUCACCAAUUCAAUGGCACAUUUUUAAAGAAAAUCCAUCAUCAUGUUACCUCUAACUUUGUAAUCAAGUGAAUAGACAGUCAUACUGUCUCUUUCUUUUAAAAAAUCUAGGGAUAAUUUUGUACUGAGGACGUCUGUUUCCUGAGGCCAGACACCCUUCCUAAUCUGUCAUUUCACAGGCAUAGGAAUAAUGUUUUAGUGUAUGUUUAAGUUGAAUUUUAAAUAAUGAAAUAUGUUACCUAAAGGAAAUUAAGUAUGGAUAAUUCUAGUAGAGCUGCAGAGUAAAUGGGAAAUGCAGUAUCCUCAUGUUAGGUCAGACCAUUGACUGCCUUACAAGGAGGGUGAAAAGACUUAAGUUUCUUAAAUCACAGCAAUAAAAAAAUCAUAGGAAUUCAAAACAUGUAGAAAGAAGACCCAAUUACUGUUAUAAUCAACCAUUUCUGUUAGUCUGUUGCAGCAAAAUGAAGAGCUUCUUGCGGUAACUUCAAACCUAACGCAUUUGUAACCCCAUAUGAUUUCAUGAAACUAGUCUACUUCAGUCUGAUAUGGUGAACUGGGUCCGCUUGAAGCCUAUGGCAUAAUAAAUGUAUUAGUCUUUUAGGUGGCAGAGAACUAUUGUUAACAGUUAAUCAUUAAUUUUUGAAGAAGUUCUUAACACUACAGUGUGUGCGUGUUUUCUGACUUUCAACUGAUGUGUUGUUCCAUACAUACACAUUCAAUUUUUUCUGAGUGAAAUUAAUUCUUCCUUUAACAAUGCAAUCAUUGCCAACACAAUUGGAGAAAGUCAGUUAUGUACAAGAAUCCCAACUUGUUCUCAGCCAUCCCAAAGCAGUGCCACUUUUAGCUUAAAACAUUGUUUCUCUUAAGAGAAAGGUAAGACAUACCAACUCCUCAUCAACUCUCUCCAUGUGUAUUCCAUGUGGCAAUAAAGGAGUGGUAUGAGAAGAUGAAGGUUGAUGUAAAACACUUCCACAAAUAUAAAAACAGCAUGCCCCUUCUCGUCCCCUUGGAUACCCUCCAGCAUAGUUGUUUUCAUGUGCAUUACUUCCUUGAGCACAUGGAUUUGGUCACACAGAACUGGAAGGAAAAAAUGAAAGUCUAAAUGAGUCUUUCCAGUGAUGCAACUCCUUUUGAUGAGCACGUUUGCUUCCAGCUUCACAAACGUAUUUGAGAGUAUAGAAACCUAAGUGUGUGACAUGAAUUUCUUGUGAAGUGUAUGUAGCCAAUGAAAAAAUGAGCCCCGUGUUAGGUAUCAUUUGCUUGGAAGAGAGGGAGUUUGUCCCAAUUGUGGUUGACCAUUUUAGGAGAAAUGGCACUGAAGGUUCGAAGGGGGCAUGAUAGGCUUAGAUUGUAGAGCUGAGUUGACAAACAGCACAACCUCUAUGGGUCUGGCCAUUAUCAUUUUGUGAAGAUAAAAAAGGGUUUUAGAUGGACAUGAACUGAAAAAUCAGAUGUGGGUUAGCUCAAGAGAGGUGAGAUCUAUGGCUCCAGAUAUUGUUGUAUUUGGAUUCCAGACAUGGCCAAUCGCCAGCACAUCUCACAAGUCUGUCAAUAAUCAUUGGAAAGGCAUUCAGAUCGAAGCAGGAGUGGAGCGGCAUGAAGUCAAUGAUGGUGACCCAAGGUCCAGUCAGUAGUGUUCUCCAGUUCUAUCCUGCCAUAUCUAAUCAUAAAAGCUCUAUGAGAAAACUGUGAGAGGCAGGAAGAUUGUUUGCACUGAUGUAGGUGCACAUGUGUUCAAUUGUGCAGGGUUUCAGGCCUUCUAAAAUUUUCAUGUUCCGAUACAAUUUUUUCUUUUUUGUUGGGGAGGGGAAGUGUGUGUACAUAACUUAUAUACUUGAAUCUACCUACAACGUUUACAUUCCUCCAUUCCUUUUGUAAAAGGUGCUAUUUCUGUAUUUAAUUUUGUUUUUUUUUGUAAUGUAAAGCUGCUUCACAUUUUUAACAUUGCACUGCUAAAUUACUUUGGUAUUAACUUUGGAACUAUUUGUGGUUCCUCUUGCUGGUUAGAAAUUACUUUCUUCCUGUCUGUAGUUCUUUUUCGCUACAUUCUACAUAUAAAACUAUUGUGAGCACACACUAUUGUUGUGGGAGAAGUAUGCAUAUUUUUAUACUUUCCAUUAGAGAACUAAUCUUUGUAAGCUAAUAAAAAGUGAAGCAAAAAAGCAAA